AUCACUGAAGUUGAAAAAGCUCCUACCCACAGAGUGAAACUGCCAGUAUCCUUGUAAUUUCCUUUGGGAAAGGAACAUAAGGAUCAGGCUGGCAUAAUCAGGCGGCCAGAGUUGGAUAGCAGCAGUGACACAGAUCCUUGUUAAGUAGUUUGCGUGGUUUCCAUCAGACUCUCGGCACUGUCAGAACUUUAGGUGACUCAUCUGGGACUCCUUCUCUAGAAACAACGGAGAGCUGACUUGGGAUCACCAGGCUCAGGCGUAAUGAAAACUACAGGACUAUCUUUCACCAGAUACUUUGUUAUCCUGUUCCUCCUGCAGAUGACAGCACCAAGUGCAGGACAGUUCACAGUGACAGGCUCACAGGGGCCAAUCUUGGCUCGAUUGGGUGGAGUAGUUGAGCUCAGCUGCCAGCUGUCCCCACCACAAAAUGUGGAACACAUGGAGGUACGCUGGUUCCGGAACCUCUACACCAAACCUGUUCACCUGUAUAAAAAUGGUAAAGACCUACAUGGAGAAACUAUCUCCAAGUACGUGGAGCGGACGGAGCUCCUGAAAGAAGCUAUCGGAGAGGGUAAAGUGACCCUCAGGGUCUUUAAUGUCAGUGUUGAUGAUGAUGGGCAGUACCACUGCUUCUUCAAAGAUGGUGAUUUCUACGACGAAGCCAUCACAGAGGUGCAAGUCACAGCUACAAGCUUAGAAAUACAGAUUCUUUUGCAUCCUCCUACUAUCAAAGGUAUUUUAGUGGAGUGUAAUUCAGCAGGUUGGUUCCCACAACCUCAAAUGGAAUGGAGAGACAGCAGAGGAGAGAUCAUUCCACAUGCAUCAAAAUCCCAUUCACAGGAUACAGGCAAAUUGUUCAACAUGAAGAUGACCCUUCUCCUUAAAAGAAGCUCCCAGGGGAAUGUCACUUGCUACCUUCGAAACCCUGUAACUGGUCAAGAGGAAAGGACAAACAUUGUCCUAUCAGAUGAAUUUUUUCCAUGGAACAUUAUGUGGAUACUGAAUCUGAGCCUAAUUCUGGGUGUGCUGUUGACGUUUAUAAUGGUGCCCAGUGUCGAUCUACAUUGCAGAUUGCAAGGUUGCGUCUGCAAAUUCAACUCUCCUAUUGCAGUGGGCAUAUGGAUAAUCAUAACUUCACUAAGUGCAAUCAUCUCACUCAUUAUCUAUUUGCAUCACAAAAAUAGAGUCCCUCCUUCAGAUCCACAUUUCCAAUUGGAUACCACUUGGUUGGAAGACGUGACUGUGAUCCUGUGCGUUCUGAUGGUCUUCAUCACCAUGGUCAUUUCCUUUGUUUACUUCAGAUUCAGAGAAAUUUUAAGUGUCCACAGAGACUGAACCAGGAACAUUUCUGAGCCUAUGGAUACAUAAGGGUAUAUAUCUUUGAAACAUGGCCUAAUGCCCAAGGAUGAAAGUCUUGGCUUUAUUGUGCUAAUAUAAUCUCCUAAGGCAUAUGGAAGGAAAUGUAGAUACCCAGGAAGAAAAAAAAAUUAAUACUUGAUACUUGUGUUCCACCAGUAAUCCACAAUCCUGAAAAGUUUCAUUUAAAAAUAUAUGCAAGACCAUUCCCCCUAAGAUCAAGAACAAGGCAAGGUUGUCCACUAUCUCCGCUUCUAUUCAACAUAGUGCUGGAAGUUCUAGCCACAGCA